AUGCAUAGUAGGGGAUUCUUGAUCAUCAUAGAUAUUUGGCGUUUCUUGUUACAAGAUGUUACUCAAGACAAAACUUACCUACUACAACAGUUGGCAUCUCCAACGUCUAAUACCCUUCUCGAGAAAUUUACAGUAGCUGAAGACAUGGCUGCUGUUCAAGAGGAAGAAGAAGAUGAUGAAAUGAAACUGGAAAAGUCAAAGAACUUGGUCAAACUUCCGGCCACACUUGCCUCCAUUGAAUCCUUGACCUUUCCUUUAAUUCAAGAAGUUGUUUUAAUGGCGGAUUUUCGAUGCAAAAUGUGUCAAGAUAGAGUUGCAAAUAUUGUUUCCAAAUUUAACGGGGAGAUGGAGUCCAUGGAGAUAAUGAUUAAGGAGAAGAUGGUAAUCCUCACAUUUACAAGUAGGUACUCGAGAGUAGUAAAGAAAAAUGGGAAAAAACUCGAAGUUGCUGCAUUCUAUAAGGAUAUUGUCAAUAGAAUUUCCUGUGUCAAACGAUUUUUACGGUUUUCAAAUACUCGAUGAGUAUAGUAUUGUGAUCACCUUAAAACGAAUGUGUAUAAAAUUGAAUGUACAUGUCAAAAAUACAUUUGAUAGGUUAACUAGUAUACAAAAUAACCACACCGGUUAAUCCACAAGUACGAAGUUUAUGUGUUUUUUUUUCUUU